AUGCCUCGCCUCGCACGCGUCACGAAAUCUGCCACGGGCGCGGAUGACCCCAAGCGUCUCGCCAACCGACUUGCUCAGCGCAAAUUCCGGGAGCAACGUAAGAAUUAUAUCAGUCUACUCGAACGAGAGCUUGCUCUUUGUCAUUCCGGCGCAAGUAACGAGCUUCUUCGACGAAGGCGUGAGUGUGAACGUCUAGAAAAGGAGCGUGAUGAGCUUCUUGGUCUCUUGCACACCGUGGCCGAAGUGCUACGACGAUACACACGCCCGUGGGAGCCGAGCGAAGUCGAAGGAGACUCGACAAUCGACCAGGGCGUGCCAGAAGAGGGCUCCCAGGACUCCUCUCCACCGAAUAAUCUCAGAGCAUUCGUAAACGUAGCUAACAAUCAUGACCCUUCCAACAUCGAUAUAGCGGAUACGGCGGCUACUACAUUAUAUCCCGAGACCAAUGGAGCUACAUGGAUGAGUUCGAUUCCUCGUAAUGGCAGUGUUGGCAUGGACGGCUGUGAUAUCCAACCACAGUCAACUAGCGGCGUGUUUCCCAAUGUUUUGCACCCUGAUUCACCUGCUCAUUAUCAGCUUCCUGGCAUCCAGAAUUCACCGAUUGAGCUGGAUCCUUUCUCCUCUCAGCCACAGCCAAAUCAUCCUGGACGCUCCAAUGGGAACUGGUCAGCAGAUCAAUUCUUUCCUUCUUUCGCCAAGACUAGCCAACCGCUGCUAUUUGACUCUAUCGAGACUGCGGACAACACGGAGCCAGUUGUCACCUCUUCGCAAUGGGGCAUGGCGGGUCCUGAAGCGAACCCCCCCCCUAGGCGAGUGGCCGAGAAUCAUUAUUCACUUGGGCCUCACGGUAAAGCCUGGGUUACGCCGCCUCCGAUGCCUACAGGAUUCUCUCUCGCAGAUAGCGCCAAUGGCCAGCCGAUUCCCGGAUCGUUGUCGAUAUUCAGCGGCUUGCUGAACCGUAGAAAGCCGUGGGCAGAGCGGGUCGACUUGCUAUUUCUUCUUCUGCAACGCAGCAUAACUCAGUUUUUGACAGAAUACAAUAUUCCCGUGAAGCUCAAAACCUUCACACUGCAGAACAUCGACCGAGAAGUGUGCGACGGGAUUACAAAAAUUGUCAGCCGCACUAUUAGGGAUGCAUUUUGUGCAAUGAACUUCACCGGAUUUGCCAUGAUUGGAGGCAGUGCCUGGGUUGUCUGGCAACUGGUCAAAAAUACCCUCGUGUUUCCGUGUUUGAAGGACUUCGACGGGAGCCGACACCUGUCAGACAAAGACGGACUUCUAGAGCUUCUUCGCGAUACCUUGCCGGACUGGUUGAAGCCGACAGAUUUGCAACUGGCUAUCGAGCAUCAGCCGAGCAUCAAUUUCGUUCCCUGGCCAGACGUUCGAAACCGUCUGAUCCUCAAUCAGGACCGGGUGCUCCUUGACGAGUUUUUCUGCGAGGUUACGCGCCGAUUCAUACCCUCCGGCGCAGAAGAAGACAGAUUAAUGUUUGAUUGCAGGAGUCUCCCUGAUAUUGGUCACCAAUUCUACAACGAACCGGAACGAACGUUCCGAUCUUGCUUGUAUGGGAACCUUGACAUGUGGAAGGUCAGAAGAGCAUCAGAGUCCCUUGCGACUGACUCUUCCAUCAUGGUAGACGAACUUCUGGGCUGCCAUGUGGUUGAUUAG